CUUUUUCCAUUCUGGAAAGUCGCAUGGUCUUGGAUGAAACGGCAGAAGGAUCUUAAUAAGCGAUUAUAUCACUCUAUCUCAGACAUCAAAUCAACAUGUCUGAGGAGGGUGGUGGCAAGAUCAGAAACAAGAAAGUAUCGAAUCCACCAAAACCUUACGAACGGCGGAAAUCAUUCCUAGGAAAAGUUACAGACACUGUCAAAGAAUUGAUAUCUCCAUCUUGGCUAUCUGACUUGGUGAAUAGUGUGAAAAAGCCAAGUCCACAAAAAGAAGAUGAACAGCCAAUUCCUCCUGCCCAGGAGCCACAAUAUAUGAGCUCUCUGCAGUCUCACCAACAGCGCAAUAGACUUCAGUCCAGAGACAGUUCUCCGGGCUCUCCCCCAAAGUUUGUACCAUUGACAAGAAAUGGUCUCGCCAACCUUUCCCCCAGGUCUUCUUUACCUUUGGUACCUUCUUUGCCACCCCAGCAGCCCCAGCAACACCAACAGCGAUCACAACCACCUUUGACUUUCUGUGCCCAAAGGAGUGAUAUUGGGGAUGUCUCGAGGAAAAGCCAAGUACAACCCAACACUUUCUUACAAGAUUCCAAAUCAUUUGAUGGGAACAGAAACUUCCUAAGUAACUGCACAGCUGGUAGGGGUCGGUUGGACAGUGAUGGAUCAGCAGGGCCAAGUGAUGCUACAGCUAGACCAGGACCAAGCAACCCAGAGGCUAACCCAGCAGACACUUCAUCUGCUUGUAAUCAUAACGAGAGUAUUGAUAGUGAUGAGCAGGAAGAUGCCCUACCACCAUCAGUAAAUCGUUUGAAUAAAUCGACAACUUGGACUGAAGGUUUCACUGCCAGGAAACCAAGAUCAGCAAGUCAGAACAAGCCUGGAUUUGACAUAUCUUUAUUUGGAGCACCUCUUCAUAGUAAUUCACUCUUGGGAGAUAGUUCUCACGAGUCUUCAUUUUACCCUGGUAAGACAACAUAUGGAGGAGCGUCAGCACAAAGAAAGACCAGGCUCAAUGUUACAGGACCAUAUCAGAUGUCUUUCCCAGUGCGUCAGAAAAUGAAGGUGAAGCCACUUAAUACAUCUAGAAGUGCUGCAACCAGUUCUACUGCUCAGAAGAUCCUGGAAACACUUGAAAAGAUGUCUACUCCAUUGUCUGAAGCCAAGAAAAUACCUACUGAUGACACAGUAUUGCGUUUGAAUUCUUCAUUCAAUCCUACAAGUUACAAACCAGCACGCCAUAGUAUAGGCUCCUACCUUAACACACGACGUGAACUGCAGAAGUCUCAAAGUGGCCCGCCAACAGGUAAGGUGAGCACACCUGCACCAGUCUCCAUCAGUCGUAACUAUCAGCGAGUCACAGUUCCUCAGGCACAGCCAGGCAAGAGUUUUCUAAAUGAAAAAGCUCCCCCAUCAACAAGUCAAAAGACCCCACAGGAACCAGAGAAGACAACAAGCACAACAUCAGGGGGAGGGAAACUAAAGAGUAAAAAGUUCCAACAGCACUUUCCAGGCCGUAAAUUAGUUGCGGAAGAUGACGAGGAGGUGGAAAUACCAAAUUUACGUACAGAUUUCACACUGCCUGUGAUUGGUACCCCUCAAUUUGCUUUUGGGAUAUCACAACCUACCAAGCCUGUAGAGAAGACGGCAGAAAAGCCAAAUGCAGAGUUUAAAUUUUCAACACCCAUACAGAAGACUCCUACAAAGCAAUCGGACCAGGUCCCACCCACAAAAACAGACUUCACCUUUAGUUCUCCCCUGAGUAUGGAAAGUGAGAAUGGUGUGAAACCUAAAUCUGUCACAUUUGACAUUGAGUCUGUGAAGGACAAAGAGCCUCCAGCUGCCUUCUCCUCGCCUGCCUUCAAAUUUGGAAGUCCUUCAGGCCUACAGGCCAAGUCUCCUUCAAACCUCGGAGCAUCACCAGUCCUCCCCAGAUCUUCAGGAGGGCUGGCACCUGCCUCGGAACUGAAGACCGGUAGUGUGAUGGAUGUCCUCGGUAAGUCAGGUGAGAAGGGCUUCAGUUACAACACUGGAUCUAGUUCCUCCUCCAAAAACAUUAAGGAAACAACAAGCAUGGGUGGCUUCAAACCUGCAUCAGAGUUAAAACAAGGCAGUGUGAUGGAUGUCUUAGGUGGAGGGAGCUCCAAAACAAGUUCAUCGUUUGGUAGCAGCUUUGAACCUGCGAAACAACUUAAAAAAGGCAGUGUUAUGGAUGUUCUUGGCAAGAGUUCACAGGAAGAGAACAAGCCCAGCCUGUCGGAGAUGUUCAAGGCCCCAGAGGGCAGCUGGGAGUGUGACAUAUGUUGUAUCAACAAUAAAUCUGACGUGACAAAGUGUGCAGCUUGUGGAGCAAAGAAACCAGGCGGCUCAGGUAAUGCCCCGGCACCCUUGAGCCAGCCAAGUCUGUCCUCCAUGUUUAAAGUGGCAGAAGGAUCUUGGACUUGUGACACCUGUAUGAUACAGAAUAAAUCUGAGGACACAAAGUGUGCCGCUUGUCAAACAAAGAAACCCGGAGCUGCAGGUGCUGCUAAUUCUCAAGCAAAGGAAAGUUUAGCUGCCAAGUUUAAGAAACCCACAGGAGAUUGGGAUUGUGAUACCUGUCUAGUUCCCAAUGGUGCAGCGGCUACCAAAUGUAUAGCUUGUGAAACCCCUAGGCCUGGACUUCAACCUUCCAGUUCGAGUGGAUUAAAAUUUGGUGGUGUACCUGUGAACAACCUAACAAGUAGUGUUAGUAAAGGUGGUUUUAUAUUUGGUACUGCAAGCAAAGACUCAUCAACGGACAAUAAAUCUGUGAGCUCAUCUGGAGCAGUGCAAAUAUCAUUUGGAAUACCAGUCAUUUCUAGUAGUAAUUCCACCUCGGAACCAUCCAAAAGCUCAACCGAUGUGACAGGGGGUUUUAAAUUUGGAACUGGAGAAAUUUCUGUAGGCAGUUCAAGUGGAGGGGGCUUUAAGUUUGGUACAGCAUCUAGUGCACCAAGUGUUACUCCAACAACUGGCUUCAAAAUUGGACCCUUAGCUACUCCUAAAAGUGAUACAGUAACGGGUGGUUUUCAAAUGCCCUCUGUGAAAUCUUCACCUGUCGGUGACUUAAGUCAGAAUAAAACGGAGAGUUCUAGUACAUUUAAAUCUCUAUUUGGUGUGGACAAAUCUGAAAUAACAUCGGGUCCAAAGACAGAUUCUACCUCAGGAAAAGUGUCCAAUGGAAGUUUAUCGAUGCCUGUCGCCAGUUCUACGGCUGGUGGUUUUCAGUUUGGAGCUCCUGCGAAGCCUGCUACCUUCAGUGCUGGACCCGAUUUCACAAUGGCUAAAUCAUCUGAGGAGACGCCCAAACCUUCCCCCUUAUUUAAUGUACAAUCAUCUGCCAGCACUGCUCCAGCACAAUCUUUAAAAAGGAGCCACAAUGAAGAGAAUGGCCCAAGUGAUGCCAAGAGGACACCAUUUAUGUUUAAUUCUGGGACGACGUCGGAGCCAGCAAAGUCACUUGGAAACAACAUUGUAUUCGGCUCACCAGCCUCGACACCAGCUCUUACAACCAAACCUUCAAUAUUCCAGGCCCCCACUGCCCCUACCUCAAGCUUACCUACCGCAGUGUCCACAGCUCCAACAGGAGGAUUCAGUUUUGGGAUGGGAGGUAACUCUACACCUUCUGGAGGACUUGCCACUUCCAGUUUUGGAGCUACUGCUAAAAACCCAUCAGGGUUUAACUUUGGCGUUAACGUUGAAACAAACAAAUCAGCUGUGUUCAACUUUGGUGCCGGAUCCGGUACAGCAGCUGCAACCACAACUCCAGUAUUUGGCUCAAGCACAAACACAGACGCUAAAACCACUGCUCCAUCAAUGCCAUUUGCAUUUACUGCUCAACCCUCGACUCAAGCCAGUCAGGGACUUCCAACUCCUUUUGGGUCUGCCCAAGAGACCACACCUGCAUUUGCUGCCAACACGUCUGGAUUUGGUUCUGGAGGUAAUGUGUUUGGUAGUACCAACAGUACUCCGUCAUUUGGAGCCAGUGGAGCUGUGCCUCCUUCUGGGUUCGGUGCAGCUGGUACUGGGUUCAACACUACAUCAGCUGGAAACACUCCAGCCUUCGGAGCAGCCACCACCACUACCAACGCUGCGCCCACAGGAAGCUUCAAUUUUGGAAAUCCACAACAAUCAUUCAACUUUGGUACACAAUCAAGUGCACCUGUAAACAACGGCGUGUUCCAGUUUGGUGCAAAACCAAGUGAUGGAAAUUCUGCCGCUGCUCCACAGGCCAAUGCAGGAUUUAACUUCAACGCUUCUUCUUCAUUCAAUUUUGGUCAGAAUACCCAGCCAGCCAUGCCAGGUGGUACUGCCUCAUUUAACAUCGGAUCAAGUACUGAUUCAGCAUCAGGAAGAAAAAUAAAGAAAGCUGUACGCAAGAUACGACGAUGAUAAGGCAAACCUAGAGAAUUUUAACAGAUUAUUGACUGGACAUUACAGAUUUUGUUGUAUACAAGAACAGUUUCAUGGACUGCUGUGCUUGUGCAUAUAUAUAGGUUAAAAAGGUGUGCUUUGAGUCGCUACUGAGGCUUGAGAAGAUGAAAUGUGUAAAGAAUGAGAAGAAAUUCUCAGAAACACACUGAACAGUGAUGGUCAACUGAGAUCAGCUAUGUAACGAUGCUGAGGUGGAGGACACGAAAACUCGUGAGUUGAGGCAAUGAAAUAGCUGCUGGGACGGUAACAGUAGAUGUAACUUCACAAUAAUUGUCACGUUUGAGGUGAUAUUCGAGCGUUACACUGCAAGUACGACUGUCAGGACAGAAAUCAAUGACUUCAAAAUCAGACUUUAUAAAGAUGCAAUUCACUGUUUUCACACAUUGGGCAUUAUAAAGUGCAUAAUUCUAGUGUAGUCUUUACUGAAGUAGAGCAUGUAAAUAAGGAAAAGUUGAAUUUAGUAGAAUAUACCAAAGGAUGAUCAACUCAUGAAAAUGUUUAAAAAUUCAUUUUCAUGUGUAGUUGAGUGGGGUAGCUGACAAAACUAACCCCUCCCCCUUUUACGGAAACUUCUCUCACCCACCCCCCUAGCUAGUACAGAAACUUUUCUCUCCCAAUUAGACAUUUCUCAAGCUCAUCUUGUGUAGCAAAAUUAAAGAUUAAAAAAAAAAAAAAAAUGGGUGUAUGUGAAAUGGGUAAAACCCUAAAUAC